AAGGGUAACAUGACCGACAUAAUAAUCAACAAAUCAAAAUUAAUUUACGACUUGUCAGAACAAGAACAAAAUCAGGGGGAUGAACGACGACGUGUUCGAAGAUUUAUACUCUAGUUUGUUUUCCACUUAGCUUCUAAUCCUUCGGAACCCUAUCAAUUUCCAAAAUCUCCUCAUUUUAAUCCAAAUCUACAAAAACAUUAAACCUGAUAAUCAUGGAUGAAGACCGCAUUCUGGAAAGGGAAAUGUUUCAAAUUGCUCAAAUUAGAGAACUUGAAAAUGAGGAAUUGGAGGUAGAAGAAGUUGAUGGUUUACCAGAUUCUGAUGAUGAACCCAUGUUCCCGGCGUUCGACGGUUUUACUCUAGUUGUGCCUCUCUUGCUGUACAUCUUACUGUUUAAGCAGUUCAAAACAUGUGCCAUUGUUGAAUCUUCUUGCUUAAUUCAGUUCAUUUGACCUUUGGCGCAGCCUUGUAUACCUCUGAUAAGUGUUGGCAUAUGUCCACUUUGAGUUUGCUUUGUGAUGCACCAAAAUAAACCAGGGUGUUCCUUGCUGGUCUUGUGUCCGCGUGGUAAAACAUUGGAUCUUGUGAAAUCUUCCAAAUAAAGAAUCUUAUAGUUGGGAAUUUGAUUGGUACCUAACUUGUUAAUGGUAUCACAAUUCUGCCAAAAGGGUCUAAAAUUUGCUUUUUUCCUGUUCACCAUUUGCAAAUAGUAAAUUAGCUGAAAUUAUUUUGGUUGGUAAUUGCAAACAUAAAGGCACUAUUUCUCCACGGGUUUUGCACUAUUUCUGUGGACCUGCAACUAUAGUUGUUUUUGCUUGAAGGUCUGUAUAGAGGUUCGCAAUAGGGUCAAAAUUGAACCGACCUGAAUAUUACUCAAGUACAAGUCUGAAACUUAGUUUAACUACAUACAAAUUAGACAAGAAAAUGACCCGGCGUGAUACACGGGACCGAGUCUUGGAUCCGAUGGCUUGAAUCAACACCUUUAGGUCUAUACACUAUACGUUCCUUCUGGUAUAUGCCCUCCCUCUUUCCUUGUUGUGAAAUGAACUUUGUACCACUUAAUAUUGGUUGUAAAAGUUUCUAUGAAAUUAGACCUAAUCUUAAUCUAUCCCGUUCUUUGUAGCACUUCGUUUAUAUAUGUCUCAAUUUGGUACUUUGAUGCUUUAGACAUGUAGCAUGUUUAUUUUUUGAUUUGUAGUUGUGGAGGAAAAAAACAACCAUAUUAGGAUUUGGGUUUUGAAGUAAUGGUGUUAAGAAAUGUUCGUAAUAGCCAGGUCAUUCAUUUCUCUUUAGCAUAAAAUCGUAGGAGGUUAAUUGUAUUGUAGAUUUACAGUCCAUUGUAUAGUCGUCUCUUUUGUAUGCUUUUGAUGGUGUAUCAUAAAUUUACUGUGAUUGAAAAGGAAUUUAUUCUGAUUUAUAGUUGUGGAGGAGAAAAAAGAUCAUACUACAAUUUGGUUUGUUGACUGAGAGCAUUCUGCUUGAAUUUUAAAAUAUUGGUGUCUAAGGAAUGUCCUUAAUACCCAGGUUAGUCAUUCUCAUCAGCAUCAGAUCAUUAGAACUAGACAUAAUCAAUUCAGAGAAACCCUGCUGGAGUGUUGACAUUACUUGAUUGUAGAAUUUUAAUAUGACAGGUGGAUUCUCUUACAGUCUUACUUGUCUCUUGGUUAGGUUCAAUGGUGGCAAUGGGGUUUUUUUGACUGGUCUAUUCUAUGUUCAACAGUUUAUAAUCAUCUCUUUCCAACUGUAUUGUUCUAAUCAUUAUGAUGCUACUUUCAUCUAAGUUAUCAUUCGGGAGGGUGUUGAUGACCUUGGAACCCUUUAAGGAGGAUUUGUUCCAUCUGGAAUUUGGAUCACAAUCAUGCCGUUCUUGGGGAUUUUAUAAUUUUGACUUCAUCUCUCUUGGUCGUGUUUAUAUGAGGGUGUGGAGGGUUGAUCCUUCUGGUGCUAUGUCUUGCAAUUGCUUUAAUAAACCUGUCAUACCUGCUGAUAGGGCAAAGGCAAUCAAGGUGUAUCAGAGACAUAACAAAAAGAAUGCUGAGGUGGCAGACUCACAUGAGCAAGCAAUUGAGUAACAGAAUUCUGGUAUUAGGAGUGAAAGGAAUAUUCUAGAAAAGGCAUCUUUAUAUAACCAAUCAUUUAGCAGCUAGUGACUAUAAGGCUAGUGUAUGCUAUAAAUACUAUGAUGUAAUAAUUGAUUGGUAUUACGAAAACCUUCCUUCCUCCUUCUAUUCUGUCUUUACUCUUUUCUGUACCUCUUCUCCCUCUUAAAUUCUUCUCUUCUUUCUUCUAAUAUCUCAUUCUUUUUCCUGUUCUAAGGGCGGGGUUCAUCACAAAACCCCCUAAAAGGUCCACGUCCAAAUGCGUCUCCUAUGUGUAAUGUGAUUUGGGGAUUGGAAAAUAUUGGCUCAACUGUGCUCUUACAUGAUAGAGUUGAUUCAUGUUGUCUUUUGACUUGUGAGACAGAUUUGUUUAAGCUUAAUGGGAGGAGUUUGGGUGUUUUAAAAUCUGCUUCAGGUCUAUGUAUUCUAUCAUGGAAAAAAGAAGACCCUUUAAAGUGGUCCUGUUUUGGGUGCUUGGGACCUAUUUCUUUGAGCUGGUGGUGGGGUGCAACUUCUGGAUAGAGUGUUCUAGGCAUUAUUGUGGUCCCAUGCAUGAGUUUUUUUGCAUACUGCCACAGUCAAAUCCCUCUGCACCUCAUAAAGUAAUAUAAUUUAAAGCCUAAAGGUUAUUCUUUGUAAUUUUGUCAUCAGACCCAGUGUCCCUAAGAAACGACCCAGGGUAUUUCAAGAGAGAAAACAGACUCUGCUCCGAGGAACUUAGAUCUGAAAACUCGAAAGAAAGAGAAAUUAUAGACACCACCUUUUGGUUUUAUGAAGGUCAAAUGAGAAACAAAUGCUGAGUGAAUUCACAUUUGACACCUGUCUGGCAUCACUGCAUACCUAUUUGGGUGCGGUUGAAGAUACUCAUCACAGUCACAGGGCAGCAAUUGUUGAUAAAGGCGCCAUUUUGACACUCCCUCUUUUCUAUCUUGAAGGCGUGGUACUGUUUCCGGAAGCAACUCUUCCUUUGAGAAUCAUACAACCAAAUUUAAUAGUUUCUGUUGAAAGAGCAAUGGGUCAGAUUGAUUCCCCUUAUACAAUAGGUGUGGUUCGUGUCUACUGGGAUUUUGAGACUAGAAGGCUAAGAUUUGCAUCUGUUGGGACCACAGCUGAGAUUCGACAAUUUCGUCGUUUAGAGGAUGGAUCGGUCAAUGUGGUUACCCGUGGAAGGCAGCGGUUCCAUGUUAGACGGCAUUGGAUUGAUGCUGAUGGAGCUCCAUAUGGAGAGAUUGAAGUUAUUGAAGAAGAUUUGCCUUUGAGGACUCCACGUGAUGCAUUUGGAACCUUACCUCCAUUAAGUAAUCUUUGUUGCCGGGGCUUUUCUGACUCUACAAAAUCACAUCAGGCAAAGAGCCGUGGAGAUGUUGAAAACAAUGAUUCUGAUGCCGAGUCGGAUGAAAGUUUCCUGACGGAGCUUUCAUUAUCAGAGAUGAGAUUGCAUCAAUCUGUUAUUGAGUCCUGCUGUGACUAUGAUAUGAUUGAUGAGUUCACAAGUAGUGAUGAUGAGAAGUAUGUUUGUGAUUCGGAGCAUCAUUCAAGAAUAUCUCAAUCAAGUGACGGCUCAUCUGCAUCGAAAUAUAGAAGGAGAAUAAAUGCUGUCACAGGAGUUCUGACAAAAGAUAAGACAAGUCAAUCGCCUCAGAAAGAGGAACCGUGGAGGAGGAGAGGUAUGCCUUCCAGGUUGAAUCGAUUCCGCACAGUUCCCAGAGCAUUCUGGCCAUACUGGGUUUAUCAGAUGCAAGAUUCUUUUUCUCUAGCUCAAAAGGCUGCAGGUAUGUGGAAGCAGGUAGUUGGGGCACCAAAUAUGGAUGGUUUUGUUAGAAAGCCGGAUACUUUGUCGUUUUAUAUUGCCAGUAAAAUUCCUAUUUCGGAGGCUACGAGACAAGAAUUACUGGAAAUUAAUGGAGUCUCAUAUAGACUACGCCGGGAAAUUGAAUUACUUGAAAGUUUUGAUCGUGUGAGGUGUAAAAAUUGUCAGACCGAAAUUGCCAGGCGAAGUGAUAUGCUGGUGAUGUCUAACGAAGGCCCCCUUGGUGCAUAUGUUAACCCUAGUGGCUUCGUGCAUGAGAUAAUGACUCUUUACAAAGCCAAUGGUUUGGCACUGAUUGGCCGGCCUAGAAAGGAGUUCAGCUGGUUUCCAGGAUAUGCGUGGACUAUUGUCAACUGUGUUACCUGUGAGAGGCACAUGGGGUGGCUUUUUACUGCAACAAACAAGAAGUUGAAGCCUAAAUCUUUCUGGGGAGUUCGAAGUUCUCAGGUUUCUGAUGACAUGCGAUAAGGAUUUCUUAGCCGACUCCCGAACCUCCUUUACGUGUUCUGCUAGUAAACCGGUCACAUAUCGAUGCUGUAGUCUUGUCAAUGAGAGCGGCCGUAUGUGUCUAUACGAACAAGUGAAACUGUAUAAUGUGUAGUUCGUUUAAUUUUUUUCGUAUAACCAACAAGGCUCCUCUGGGACAGUUGGUUGUAUAGGAUAUCUCUCUUGUAAUCUGUGUAUGUUUGUAAAAAUUCAACAAUAUAUGGCUUGACUGGUUUUCAUAAA